AUGCUCUCUCUCACAGUCUAUUCGACCUCUCACUUUUUCUUCUUUUUCCUUAUAUUUCUACCGCUUUUCUCAGUUUUUCUUCUUUUUUGUGAUUAUUUUCUUCAUAAUUUUUUUCUUUCUUUCUUUCUUUCACUUUCUUUAUUUCUUAUUUAUUUAUUAGUCUUAUAUAUAAUAUUCUUAUUUUUUCCUUCUUUCUGUCAUUCUUUCUUCAUUUUUUUUAUAUUUAUUCGUCCUAUCUAUCUUCCUUUUCAACUUUCAUUCAUUUUACUUUCUUCCUUUCUUCUAUAUUUCGUUCUUUCUAUUAUAUUUCUUUCUUUCUUUUUAUACCUACCUUCAUUUUUCUUUCUUUCUUUCGUUCUUUCUUUCUUUCUUUUUAUACCUACAUUCAUUUCUUUCUUUUUUCUUAUACUUAAAUUGAUUUUUUCUUCCUUUCUUUUUUCUUAUUAUACCUAUCGUCUUUCUUUCUUUCUUAUUUUCUUUCUUUCUUUCUUAUUUUCUUUCUUUCUUAUGUUCUUUCUUUCUUUCUUUCUUAUUAUACCUACAUUCAUUUCUUUCUUUUUCUUUCUUAUUAUAAAUAUCAUCUUUCUUUCUUUUUUUCUUUCUUUCUUUCUUUCUUUCUUUCUUAUUAUACCUAUCUUCUUUCUUUUUUCUUUCUUUCUUUCUUUCUUUCUUUUUAUACCUAUCGUCUUUCUUUCUUUCUUUCUUUCUUUCUUAUUAUACUUACAUUCAUUUCUUGCUUUUUCUUUCUUAUUAUACCAAACUUCAUUUUGUCUUCCUUUAUUCUUUUCUUAUUAUACCUAUCGUCAUUUUUCUUUCUUUCUUGCUUUCUUUCUUUCUUAUUAUAUAUACCUUUUUUUCUUUCCGCGCAUUUCAUACAUUUGGUUUUGUCUCUCUCUCUCUCUCUCUCUCUCUCUCUCUCUCUCUCUCUCAUCCUCUUCAUUUCUUUCACUUUCUUAUUAA